UCGCAGAUCUUAGGAAGCAUGUUCCGUUUAAAGUAUAUUAAGUUUGCCUAUCGAGAAAAGAUGCGUAUUUUAAAUUUUAUUCAAAUUUUUGCCACUUUAGUCUCAUAAUAUUAUAUUCCCUGCAUUAUUUUUGUUGCAAUUAUCUACUUUAUAUGUUAUUCAUUUAUAUAACAUCCCACGCGUUUUACAGAUAAUUAAAGCGUUGAGAUCUCAAGCGUAAUUAUUCCGAAAAAUCGCGUGGAAAUGUGUUACAGACGAAUAAUUUACUCUUGUGCUGAUUAAAUAAUAUUUCUAUAUUUACUAAUUGUAUAAUCGCCAAUAAUCUGCUUAUUUAACAGUACAUUAUUACGCUUAUAAUACGAUUGCUUUAUUCAGUUAAUACGCUUCAUCGCACCAAAUACGUGAUUAUAUUAUAAUCAUAAUUAUGAUAUCACGUAGUUUACAAUUAUUUCCACAUAAACUAAUCCUUUCAAAUUGAAGUCGCGCCAAGAUAAAAUAUUAAAUUUUUCACAAUUUGCAAAGCACUUUUUACAUUAUAAUAUUAUAUCAAAGUAACUUUUUUUAUUUUGUCUCAAACCUUGAGUUAGGAAAUACAAAGGCGAAGAAAAUCGAUUGGGUUUCUACAUCGCUAUGUUCAUUUUAAAGUACGCUUUUAAACGUAUGCCUUUACAAGAGCGAAGAAAGUUUGCUUAUCGUCCAUAUUCGUGCUAUUCUAUUUGACGACCUGUUCCUUCUCGACAAAGCUAGUUAUUUAUUUCUGAAGGAGCAUUUGUUUAUUCGGCAUAUUAUCUAUCUGCGAAGUGAGAACCGAGGCAAAAGUUCGAACGACCAAGGUGAUACGAGCCUCAAUGCGCGACGAGCGUACGCUUUCCGGCGUAAAACUCUUCUUUUUAGAAGCGAAAAUAGAUAUUUUGCGUAGCGCAAUCAUUGCCACGUGUGUGUACUUUGGUAAUAUUUUUUUCUCAUGCUUGGCAUAACGUCAAGAUAAACGAAUCGACGAUUAUGUGCACCAGUAACAUUUCUGUAAGUCAAUUCGUCAUAAAAACACGUUAUAAAAACACGUCAUAAAAAUACGCUUGUUUAAAAAUAGCGUUUCAGUUCGGCGAGGAUAACAGAAGUCAGAUUUCCAACCAAAAGAAGGGAUGUUCGAACAUUAUUUUGUACAAUUUUAUAAUAUUUGGCGCUUUUGAUUGUAGACAAACAAAGAGAAAAAAAAAAACUAGCUGCUUUGAAAGAUUAAAAAAAAUGCAAUUUAGCAUUUAUAUAAAAUUUUAUACAGCAACUGUGUGGAAUCUUGAUUCUAAGAAUCAUCGUUCUUGCAGUUUUGGGUUUUCGAAUCCUGACUACGCGGCCAGCAUUUUCGGAUGUUGCAUCAGUAUCUCGCCGGGCUGUAUUUAUGGACUACUUCGAUUCUUAGAUCGACAGCUCCGUAUUUAUACCUAUAACUUUAGAACGGCUCCCGUUUCUUUAGCUUAGACCUCUGAAAUCAGAUCUAGCAAAUCAUGUGGGCACAACCGUACUUUGACUCAUGCUCCGACUGACUUUAUUUAUAGAGUUUUCACGAAGCCGACGUCGAAAAUGCGUGCAAAUAAUCUGCGCGUGCAGUCCUACACCGCGUAUCAGUCGCGUGUAUCGGCUUAUCAUCGGAGAUAAACAACCGCGCGGCAGGAAUCGGAUUAUUAUCUAGAAGCAGACGGCCAGUUAGAAUCCCGAACAGAGAGACAUGACGUGCGCGAUGUUGCAACGCUGCUCCAGAACGGCGCCCUGAGGUAAGGCAACGACGUCGUCCACGUCGGCGUCAGGGAAGAGGAGGACGGAAGAGGUUAUACGAGAAGUUGCACGAGGAGCAGCCUCGUACGCAUGAAAGGUCGCGGCUGUGGCAAGAUCAAAAGCGAGACAAUGCCGCCGUCCUCGCACACCAACUGGACGAAGCCGUUGCUGAAGAGCGGACAGACCACGCAGAUGCAGGCUGCCAAGCAGCAGCUGCAGCAGCAGCAGCCGAUUACGACGAUGGUGACGAUAGCAACAGCGACGACGACGUCGUCGGCGGCCACUUGCGCCGGUGUCGGAGCACAGAAUCAAAAUAUAGCGGAGCAUCCCACGACGCCGCUUGAUAGGAGAAUCAAAGUAGUUCUGGUGGGUGACGGUGCGGUCGGUAAGACCAGUCUGGUGGUCUCGUACUCCACAAACGGCUUUCCUGGGGAAUAUGUACCAACUGCAUUUGACAAUUACAAUGUGGUCGUAAAUGUCGAUGGGCAGCCCUUGAACGUGCAGCUAUGUGAUACAGCAGGUCAGGAUGAUUUUGAUCCCUUGAGGUCGCUGUGCUACCCAGAGACAGAUGUGUUCCUAGUUUGCUUCAGCGUUGUAUGCCCUUCGUCUUAUCACAGUGUAGCAUCUAGAUGGAUCAAUGAAGUACGAAAAUACUGUCCCAAUGCUCCAGUCAUCUUGGUAGGAACAAAAAGCGACUUGAGAUCGGACGUGCGUCUGAUGCUGCAAUUAACGAGAUACGGCCGGGCGCCAAUCACCGCUAUCCAGGGUCAUCAGUUGGCGCAGAGACUAGGCGCCGUUAAUUAUGUGGAAACGUCCGCGUUGACGCAACACGACCUUAAGGAGGCCUUCGAUCAGGCGAUAGUCAGUGCCCUCAAUACGCGACGUGGAGGCGCUAGUUUACUAUACCGGCGUAGGAAGCCGCCCCCGUUGUGGCGUAGAUGGUUAUGCUGCUGGGAACGGCCAUCCUCAAGCGAGACUUAAACAAUUCUAUAAGUGAUAGACUAUACUUCUUUAGAAUCCCUCUGUGAUCACAGGCGGUCGCUCACCUUCCUGUCAGAAUCAUAUCUUUCGCAUGACGUAUUCUGUCGCUACAUUUGUUGAGAAUUAUCUUAAAUAUUAUAUAUCAUAUUUGAGAUAUAAUUGUCCUUUUUACAUAUUAUACAUAUUAUAAAUAAUACGAUAUGUAAAUGUGUAAAAAGGGCAACUAAUACUUUGUUAUUUAAAUUCUAGAUUAGGCCAUGGCAUACGUAAGCGUCAAGAACAUCCUUGAGUAUAGUUACAUAUGCGACGCUUUGACAUAGUUUACUCAUCUUUACAAGAUUGCUAAACGUUUUUAUACAUUUUACACAUUUUGUGAACUAACAAAACUGCCUAAUAAUACGCCAAAAUAGAUUAGCUGAAAGCGUAGUAGAGUGUUGGAAAUGAUAAUGCGUGGUUCGCGCAAACAAAUAAUCUAUAUUCAAGGAUUGUUUGAGAGCAAAUAUUAGCCGAAUUACAAUUCUGACAGAUGGAGCGAGCGAGUGCCGCCCCUCGUAAAAUUCCUGAAGCCGCAUGUGGCAUAAUUUAUUGUAAUAUUAAUCAUUAUUUUUGUUACUAGCAUAAUAAUUGGCUACUCACUGGUUGUGAUUUUUCGUAAUAUCUUCGUUUUAAUUGUCGCGGUGAAGAUCAGUUGUUUCCCAUUCACUUUAUCGAGGAUAUUAGACGACCCUUUUUGCGACCACAUGACGUAUAACAAUUGUAUAUUUUUUACUUGUUACAACAUCGUACAUAUAUAUACAAAUAUAUAUUUAUUUUUUAAUAUCUUUGAUAUAUCGGUAUUUUAGUAGAGUAAUAGUAGCUUUAAACGCCAUUCUCAGAUUGACGAUGACCGUUACAUCACACAUAUAGAAUUUAUAUAGCGUAAACAAUGACGAAACAAUGAUAUUUCAUAAAAUGCGUUUUUUAUAUAAACAUAUGUGAUGUAGACGAUGUUUAUACGAGCGAUAUCAAUAACGAUAGAAGAAUAUCGUAUACAAUAAUUAGCGAAAAGGCUGGUAGACGCAAGUACACUGAAUGUACUUGGCGAUUCAGACGUACUCAAAGCUGCUAGGAAAGUUGCUGUGAUUUUACUUGAAACUUUUUCCGGAGAUUUCACUGUGUGUUGCAUACGGAAUUGUACGAAUAAGACUGCAGAUAAGAUUCAAAACGGUUCUGUGUAUUAUCGUAAGCUUAAUUCGCUAUAAUACUUCAUUUUUAUUAUGUGGUACAUCAAAAAUUAAUUGUAAAUAUAAGUAUUUAUUCAUCAAAAACGAAAACUGUGUGUAAUAUUUAUGAUAUUUCCCGCCUAUAUAUAAAAAAUUCUAAUUUAUUUCUUGUUAUACAACAAGAUAUAAUAAGCAUACAUAAUUUCCUAACGUUCAGAAAACGUAACAAUUGUGCAACCGUUG